AUGGAUUUUUUCUUAAGGUGCGUGCUUUUGUUUUGCCUAUUUGCUCAGUUUAUGAGGAUAUGGAAUACAUGCUAUCCUCCUGAAGUUAGAUUCGGUGUCCUAGCAUGGCCAAGGAGGAAAAGAUAUAAUAGUGAAAUCUGUAGAUUAUAUGAAGUAAAAGAUAUAAUAGUGACAUCUGCAGAUUCAAGAGAGGCUGUAGCUGAUGCCAACAAAGCAAUUGAACUUGAUCCUUCGAUGCAUAAAGCAUACCUUCGGAAGGGCUCUGCUUGCAUCAAGCUGGAGGAAUACCAAACUGCAAAGGCUGCUCUUGAAGUGGGUUCUUCUUAUGCAUCUGGUGACUCGAGGUUUACUCGUCUGAUGAAGGAGUGUGAUGAUCGUAUUGCUGAGGAGGCUAGCCAGGUGCCAGUAAAGAAUGCCGCUGCGGCUGUUGCUUCAGCUACAUCUUCGGGGGCAUCUUCCGGGGCUACAACUGUGGCUACUGAAGCUGAGGACCAGGAUGGUGCAAAUAUGGAGAAUGCACAGCCAACGAUGGAAGUGCCAAGCAAGCCCAAAUACAGGCAUGACUACUACAAUACUCCUACAGAAGUGGUACUGACUAUAUUUGCUAAGGGUGUUCCAGCUGACAGCGUGGUUGUUGACUUUGGUGAACAGAUGAUCGUCCCAGAUAAGUGCAAGUAUACUGUGUUGUCUACAAAGGUUGAAAUGCGCCUUGCAAAAGCUGAGCCAGUAACUUGGACAUCAUUGGAUUAUACUGGUAAACCAAAGGCUCCUCAGAAGAUAAAUGUACCAGCUGAAUCAGCCCAGAGGCCAUCUUAUCCGUCAUCAAAAUCCAAAAAGGACUGGGAUAAGCUUGAAGCUGAAGUGAAAAAACAGGAGAAGGAUGAAAAACUUGAUGGUGAUGCUGCAUUGAACAAAUUUUUCCGUGAAAUUUACAGUGAUGCUGAUGAAGAUAUGCGUAGAGCAAUGAUGAAGUCUUUUGUGGAGUCUAAUGGAACCGUUCUCUCAACCAACUGGAAGGAUGUCGGGAAAAAGACGGUUGAAGGAAGCCCUCCUGAUGGAAUGGAGCUCAAGAAGUGGGAGUAUUAA